CUAGAAACUUGGGUUCAGGGAUGUCACAACUGUACUCAUUCCUAUUUAGUUUUGAAUUGAAAUCCUAUGAACCUUAACAUACUAUGGUACGUGAUGCAGGUUUGUUUGAUUCGGUUGUAUCUCCAGACUAUAUAAGUAAGGAAAUCGUGAAUUGCUUAACUAUGGCGGAAGAAGGAAUACAUGCUGUGUUGUUUGUCAUAUCUGCGAGGAAUCGGAUUUCACAGGAGGAAGAGUCCACACUUAAUACCUUGCAACGCAUAUUCGAGAGCAAAAUCCUUAACUAUUUUAUUGUUGUGUUCACCGGUGGCGACGAGUUGGAAGUUGACAAGCAGACGUUAGACGAUUAUUUGCGUGAAGGUUGCCCUGAAUUUCUGACGAGAGUUCUCAGACUAUGUGGUGGACGAAAGGUCCUAAUUAAUAACAGGACUACAGAUAAAGUUAAGAAGGCUGAGCAACUCAAGCAACUUCUUGCCCAUAUCGUAGAUGUCGGAAAGCAAAAUGGUCAAAAACCGUAUACGGACCAGAUGCACCGUCAGAUAAAGGAGGAGGGUGAUAGGCUCAGGGAACAACAAAGGAAGGUUGAGUCUGAGAAACAUGCAGCGGAAGCAGCAAUGAUGAUGAAGAAUUUAGAAUUGGAGUAUGACGAAAAAAUGAGACGGAUGGCACAAAUUUUGGAGAGAAGGCUAAAACAGAGUUCCGAAGCACAUGAAAGAGCGAUUCGUGAGCUGAGAGAAGCUUUGCCCAUUGGGCUGCCUCAAAAUGUUCCAGGACUCAUUCAUCCAUUCCCUCAGCAUGUUCCGAUGUUUAAUCAAUUCCCCCAGCUGAGGCCACCAGAAUGCAACAUUAUGUGAUUGAUGUCCCUAAUUUUGCUGAGAGAGUAAAUAAAAAUUCUUUUUUUUGUGUAAGACAAAGAAAGAGUGAUGACUGAGGUUAUAUCUAAUGUUCUCAUUAGCUCAUUGCACAUCUUUCAAAUUGACACGAAGUUUUAUUUUGUGUGCUUCCUCUUUCCGUUUCAUUAUUGCAUUUCCCAUUUCUCUUGUAAUGUUAGAGAUAAGGUCAUCUCCAUUCGUACUUGUAAAAAAAAAAUUGUUUGCAACUAAAC